UCUACUUUCAGAGUCUUAAGCCUGUUUUCCAUCUCUUGCUUUCUCUUUCCAUUUUCUCUCAUAGUAGUGGGGUGUUGGCUGUAUUGUACUUAGUCUGAGGGUAACGCUCAAGGGAGAAUCAUCCAGCCUUCUUCAGUACAGGUGCACCAGAACUAGUGUAGACUACUGUCUCCACUCCUGUAUACAACAUGGCUAUGAUAUUUCAACCUAUGCCUGAACCUAUAGUAGUGGUUCAGCCUGCAAUGGUCCAGCCUGCCGUGAUCCAGCCCAUAUCCCAACCUAUAAUCCAGCAGCCCCCAGGCCCUGUGGUAAUGAGGCCCCCUUUGAAAGACAGACCUGGGAGGAUGAAGUGUACUUGCUGCCAUCAGGAAAUGGUCACAGUCACCAGAGCUGUCAAUGGAGUUCUUACCUGGACUAUCUUUGGAACCCUCUUAGUCUGCGGGAUCUGGCCGUUCUGCCUGAUUCCAUUCUGUGUGAAAUCCUGUAAGGAUAUAGAACACAGCUGUCCCAACUGCCAAAAUGUUGUCCACAUUCACAAACGCAUGUGAGAAUCUCCACACAAGAGAACCUGAAGAACCUAGAGAAGAUUAUUAACUGCAAUAUGAAAUAAGGACAGAAUGUGCUGGUUAAUAAUGAGUAAAUGAAUCUGUAUGCAGUCUUUGGCAAAAAAUUUAACAGUGAUUCAGUAAUCCACUACUGGCACUGCAAUUUAGUCUAAGACUAGGCUUACUCCAUGUGUGGGAAGCCAGCCCGUAAAGUUUUUCCUUUAACUUAAGUUUUUCCUUAACUUCUUUAAACUCGUGGAUAGUUUAUGUACAUUUUGUGUAUUUUUGUAACUCUCAUGCAAAUCCACCCAACAGUCCACUAUAAAACAGUAAAAGCAUUUUGGAUGUGUUGUUUUGGAGAACAGAUAGGUUUUUGUGAAUUUUGGAACUACAAAUUCUGUCUGGCUGGCUCAAGCAACUGAGGAAAAACUGUAAUAACCUUUACAUUCAUAGAACAGCCACUAGAACUGAUGAACAUUAAAAUUUCAGAAAUCAUCAUUUACCAGACAGAGAAUAGGGAAGUACAGUAAAAGAUUCCUCUCUGUUUGCUUCUAGGUGAUUGUUCCUAACCUUUGAAGUGUAGAUAUCACUAUAAUAUCUAAUAUCAUUAUAAUGAUAAUGUACAUAUUAAACAAACAAGAGUGUGCCCACUCUUAAAUUA